AUGGACGAGCGUAUUCUGUCGGUGGACCAACGCAUCAAGGCCACUGAAGCAGCACUCGACAAGAAGUUCUCGGCCAGUAACCUGUCAUUUGACCAACGUCUACGUGCUAGUGAAGGUGUGUUUGACCAAAAACUAUCGAGUACCUAUGCAUCGCUCGAGAGUCAGAUAUCAAUCGGCGAAUCCAACUCGGACAAGAAGUUGACCAGCUUGGGCAACUCGUUUGAUACGCGUCUCAUCACUGCAUCCAAUACACUCGAUGCCCGUAUUACCGCUGGGUCAACUGUGCUCGGUGCACGUCUCGACAGCGUUGUUGGCACGUUACUCCAACGUCUCGAGGGGUACAGUAAAGAGUUGCGCAGUGAAUUCAACGCAGUCACCGAGAAAGAGGCUGCACGUGUAGUACGUCUCUUUGACAAGAUGGCUGUAGAGAUUGCACAGGUGCGAUCGGCCUUUGCCGACGAGUGUCGUCGUAUCGAGGAGGCUGUCGAACGUGCCUCUCAAAAGGACCGCGAGUUUGUCACUGACCACGUGUCGACUGCUAUCGCCGACCAAUGGCGUAGCUCCCAACUCCCCAUCGUCAACAAUCUCGCCAGCACAUACUCGCGCAACGAAGGAAAGCGUGUCAGCGAGGAUUUGACCGUCUUUGUACGUUCCGAAAUCAACCAACUUCAAUUCGAGUUUGAGCAACGUCUCAAGACCGAUCUUCAAAAGCUACGUUACGAGCUCACCUCACUCAUCAACCAAAAGGCAGAGACACUACACGACGAACAAAAGGAUUUCCUCAAACACGAACGUAUUCUCCGUGAAGAAGAUAGAAAAUAUUUGGAAGCUCUCAAACAAUCCAUCUUUUCAUCACUCAAAGAAGCAAAGAUUGAAAGAGAACAAUUAUCAAAUCAAGUUAACCUUUUAUUAAAGGAAAAGAAUGAUUCUGCUGAACUAGUAUUCGAAAAACAAAUGGAAAGUGGAAAUACUUUACUUAAACAUAAUGAAGAGUUAUUGUCAAAGAUGGAAGAAGCUAGAAAGACACGUUUGAGAGAGAUGGAGGAGAGUGAGGAAAAGAUUAGAGCUCAAAAGGAACAAUUGGUCCGUGAAAAGGAGGGAUUGGAGCAACUCAACACCCAACAAAAGGACAAUGAGGAAAAGUUGAUGUUGGAACAAUUGAAACUCGAGAAUCUCCAGAGAAAGAAAGAGAUGGAGGAACGUAAUCGUCAACGUGAAGAAGAACGUCAAAAAGAGAUUGACGAACUACUUGAAAAGCAAAAGCUUGCUGAAAAGGAGUUGGAACAACACAGACGCGAGAAACAACAACACAAGGAGCAACUCGAACGUGAAGAUCGUGACCGUGUCGCUAGAGACAAGGAGAGAGAAGAGGAGAAGCGUCAAGACGCCGAACGUCGUCGCAAGCAACAAGAAGAGGACUGGAAGCGCAAGGAAGAAAUCUACGAAGAAGAGAGAAGAGCUGAAAAGGACCGUCAACGCGAGUUGCAAGAGCAACGUGAAGCCGAGAUUGCCAAGCUCCUCGUCGAGGAAAAUGAAAAGAGAAAGCAGGUAGAAGACCAGAUCCGUGCUGAAAAGGAAAAGACAUUGGCACUCGAAAAGGUACUCGAACAAGAGCGUGUCAAACAAGAAGCCGAAAAGAAAGAGAUCCAACAACAAAAGGAAAGAGAAUUGGCCUUGCACAGACAGCAAAUGGAAGAGGCAGAGACCAAGAGAAAGUUGCAAGAAGCCAGCGACAAGAAGCAACAAGACGAACAAGACAAAAAGAGACGUGACGAAGAAGACGCUGAAAAGAAGAGAUUGGCAGCUGCUCAAGAAGAAAUCGACCAAAAGAGAAAACAAGAAAAGGCUGACAAAAAGAAAAAGGAGCAACAACUAGAACAAGAACAAGAACAAAAGAGAAAGCAACAAGAGGAAGAACUUGAAGAACAAAAGAGAAAACAACAACAACAAGACCUUGAAACAAAGAAAAAGGAAGAGAAAAAGGCUGAAAAGAAAAGACAAUUGGAAGAACAAGAGGAAAAGGAAAAGGAAAAGGAAAGAAAGAGACAAGAUGAGGCUGAUAGAAAACAACAACAAGAAGAAGCUGAUAGAAAGAAAAAGGAAGCUGAUGCCAAACAACAAGAAAAGGAAAAGAAAAAGAGACAACAACAAGAACAAGAAGAAAAGGAGAGAAAGAGACAAGAAGAGGCUGAUAGAAAGCAACAACAAGAGGAAGCUGAUAGAAAGAAAAAACAAGAGGAAGAAGAGAAAAAGAAGAAACAACAACAACAACCACCAAAACAAACUCGUGGUGCCCUUCCACAAACCCCUCCUGUAAAGGAAACUCCUGCUCCUAUUGUCAAAGAACAACCUCAACCUGAUGAUGAUUCUAGUGAUUCCUCUUCUUCAGAUAGUGAAACCGAACCAACACCAGUUGUUGUUGCUCAACCAGAGAAACCAAAACUCAAACCAGUUGUCAAGAAAUCAGCUGCCAAACCUGUCGACAGUGGCUCUGAAGAUGAUUCUGCCGAUGAUUCAAGACCAACCAACAAUGUCUUUAAAAAGAUGGCCAAGAACAAUGAAGUUCCAGAAUCAUUGGGUGGUGAAUUGUGCAAGGUUUGCAACAAAAAGGUGUACAAUACUGAACGUAUCUCUGCUGAAGGUAUUGUCUUCCACAAGGCUUGUUUCCGUUGUUCUAUUUGCAAUUGUACUUUGAAGCUUGGAAAUUAUGCUUCCAUGCAAUCCAAAUAUUUCUGUAAACCAUGUUUCAAAAAGAAUUUCCUUUCAAAGGGUAAUUAUAGUGAAGGUUUUGGUGAAUUGAAACCACAACAUCAACAUGAUCUCAAGAAGGGUAUUACUCACCCAGGUCUUAAUCCAAGUGGUAGUGAAGAUGAAUCCAGUGUUCCUGUUCAACAAAAGGUUGUUGAGGUUAAAAAGGAAAAGAAGACUCCAACAACAGUUGUUAUUCCCGCCGCACCAGUCCAACAAAAAGAUGAAUCCGAUGAUGAAGAAAUUAUUGAAGCUCAACAAUUAAAGAAGCCAUCACCAGCAGCAUCAGCAAAGAAACAACAACAAGCUAUUGAAAAGAAGGAGGAAAAGAAAGAAGAAAAGAAACCAGCACCAGCCAAAAAGGCCUCUUCAUCAUCGUCAGAUGUUCAAGAGAAUCCAGAUGUUGAAUGUGAUGUAUCUGCUCCAGAAUUAAGAGAUGCUUGGAAUGACAUUCGUGAUGAUGCUACAGCAACCAACUGGAUGCUUCUUGGUUAUGGAUCAUUGAAAAAGACAUUAUCACUCUAUGGAUGUGGAUCUGGUGGUCUCAACGAGUUACUCAAGAGUCUAAAGGAUGAAGUUCAAUAUGGUUAUCUUCGUGUUCUCUAUGGUGACUCUGAUCGUGCUAAAUUUGUAUUUUUUACAUUUGUACCAGAAACAUUAUCAGGAAUUGCAAAGGCAAAGGCAAAUAUGCAUAAACCACAUGUUGACAAGUUCUUCAAGUAUCAUCAUACUCAAUUGCAAGUCAUGUCGCGUGAUGAAAUUUCCAUGCCAAUUAUUGAGGCCAAGCUCAAGGCCGCUGCCGGUGCCAACUAUGGCAAGGGUACAUCGCCAGACGAUACCGCCAGAACCGAGAACUUUAAGGGUAUCAAGGACAGCGCCAAGUUCUUUUACGACAAGACCGAGAAGACUGGUGGAAAGGCCGGAGGAGGUGGUGUUGACAUUGUGUACAACAAGGGUCCACUCGGAAACGUCACUCCUGUCAGUUUGAUGGGUCGUGCCGGUAUCACUGAAAAGUAUAUCAAGACUGAUGUCAAAAAGAAAGAGGAGUUGGCCAGCAAGACCGACGGAUACCGUCCCGUUGGCCGUGCUCGUGCCAGUUCAACCGCUUCAAAUGAUUCAUUUGUUUCAAAUGACUCGUCAGACUCUGAACACAGCACAACCAGCUCCAAUACUCCACCAGUUGCCGUAGCAGCCAAGGAACCAACACCUGUUGCUCAACCAGAGAAACCAAAACUCAAACCAGUUGUCAAGAAAGCUGCUGCCAAGAGUGAAAGCGAGUCGGAAGAUGAUGUUGCCGAUGAUUCAAGACCAACCAACAAUGUCUUUAAAAAGAUGGCCAAGAACAAUGAAGUUCCAGAAUCAUUGGGUGGUGAAUUGUGCAAGGUUUGCAACAAAAAGGUGUACAAUACUGAACGUAUCUCUGCUGAAGGUAUUGUCUUCCACAAGGCUUGUUUCCGUUGUUCUAUUUGCAAUUGUAUGUUGAAGCUUGGAAACUAUGCUUCCAUGCAAUCCAAGUAUUUCUGUAAACCAUGUUUCAAAAAGGUUUUCCUUUCAAAGGGCAACUAUAGUGAAGGUUUUGGAGAGUUGAAACCACAACAUCAACAUGACCUCAAGAAGGGUAUUUCUCACUCGAAUCCAAGUGGUAGUGAAGAUGAAUCCAGUUCCAACAACAGUGUCCGUGAAGCUGAAAUCAAGAGAGAAAAGGAAAAGGAAAGACAACAACAAAUCCUUCGCGAGGAAAAGGAAAAGAGGGAAAAGUUAAAGUCAAACAAAAAGACUGUUGAUUCUGAUCAUGAAGAAGAACAACAACAACAACAAGAUGACAGUGACGAUGAAAAGGAAAAGGAAAAGGAGAAAAAGAUCCAACAACAACAACAACAGGAAAAGGAGAAAAAGGAUCGUGAAGAAAAGGAAAAACAGGAAAAGAAGGUUGCUGCUCGUGAAGAAAAGGAGAGACAAGAGAAAAAGGCUCAUGAUGAAAAGCAGGAAAAGAAGGAAAAGGAACGUGAAGAAAAGAUCCAACAAGAAAAGGAAAAGGAGAAACAAGAAAAAAGACAACGAGAAAUUGAAAAUAUGGAACGUCAGAAACAAGAAGAAAAGAAGAAGCAACAAGAAAAGGAAGAAGACUCUGCUGCUGCAGUAGUCCCAUCUCCAACCAAGUCAUCAAGCUCUUCCAAUGGUGGUGCUUCAUUCUUGAGUGACUACAACAAAAAGAAGGAAACUCUUCUCAAGGGAUCAGCAUCCUCUUCUCCAUCUGGAUCCAAAGACAACAAAAAGAAAGAGUAUACUUCAAGUUUAUUCGCAAAUGAUGAAGAUGAAGAUGAAUUAUUCAAGUAA